GUGCCUGAGCCGCCUCUUUCCCGGCUGUUCGCCAUCUUGUUGUUGAUUUGAACAGGUCUGGAGCGGGUGAGAAGAGCCGGGUCUGGAGGAGACACCCGCGGGCAGCCGCCCCCCAAGUCCCGACCGGGAGCAGUGCCCGGGGAGGCGGUGACAGAUCUGAAGAUCAGUUUGUGGGUGAAGGAGGAGCCCCCCACCACGGCCGGGCCCCCGCGCCGCUCUCCAUGCCCCCGCCGAGCAUCGGGCGUCUAACGCAAUGUGUGUUUGUCAAACCAUGGAAGUGGGGAAGUACGUCCAGAGCGCAGUGUGCGACCGGGGCCGGGGGGUCCUGCUGGAGCCGUUCAUCCAUCAGGUGGGGGGCCACAGCAGUAUGAUGCGCUACGAUGACCACACUGUCUGCAAGCCCCUCAUCGCCCGCGAGCAGCGUUUCUACGAGUCCCUGCCCCCGGAGAUGAAGGAAUUCACCCCGGAAUAUAAAGGAGUGGUGUCCGUCUGCUUUGAAGGGGACAGCGAUGGCUACAUCAAUCUGGUGGCGUACCCCUACAUGGAGAGCGAGGCGGCCAAUCAUGAAGAAUUUCCGGAGCGAGACCAUCCCAGACGCAAGCACUCCCGCCGAGGCCUGCACCGCGGCAGCAGCACCGACCACAAGGACGAGCGGCCGCUUCUCUCCGGGGAAAACUCAGAGAGCGUCCCUGAGAUGAAGAGCCCGAAGCUGGAGCUGCAGUCGGAGGCCCCCUUCCAGAUGCUGGACGGGAACAGCGGGGUGAGCUCGGAGCGGAUCAGCUACAACCCCUGGAGCCUGCGCUGUCACAAGCAGCAGCUGAACCGCAUGCGCUCCGAGUCCAAGGACCGCAAGAUGUACAAAUUCCUCCUGCUGGAGAACGUCGUCCACCACUUCAAGUUCCCGUGUGUCCUGGACCUGAAGAUGGGGACGCGGCAGCACGGCGACGACGCCUCCGAGGAGAAGGCCGCCCGGCAGAUGAAGAAGUGCGAGCAGAGCACGUCGGCCUCGCUGGGCGUGAGGGUGUGCGGCAUGCAGGUCUUCCAGAUGAACACGGGGCACUACCUGUGCCUGAACAAGUACUACGGGCGCGGGCUGAGCGCGGAGGGCUUCCGCCAGGCGCUGUACCAGUACCUGCACAAUGGCGUCAGCCUCCGCAUGGACCUGUUUGAGCCCAUCCUGAUCAAACUGCAGCGCCUGAUCUCCGUGCUGGAAAGCCAGGCCUCCUACCGCUUCUACUCCAGCUCCCUGCUCAUCAUCUACGACGGACUAGACCGCCCGCGGACAGGGGACCCCCAGGAAACGCCCCCCAUCGUGGACGUCCGCAUGAUAGACUUUGCCCACAGCACGUACAAAGGCUUCCGGGAUGAUCUGACGGUGCACGACGGGCCGGACAAGGGCUACGUGCUGGGCCUGCGCAACCUGGUCAGCAUCCUGGAGCUGAUCCGCCAGGACAACCAGUAGGGGGCGUCGCCCUCACGCCUCAACCGGGACCUGUAUAGACUUCCAUAUAGAGAGCGUAUAUACCAGAUCUAUAUAUCGUCUGCAGCGCGGGGGUUAAAUGUCCAUUAUUUCAUUUCUGUGCGGAGGCGGGUACACGCGGCGGCACGCGCGCUCCGUCUCCUGCUUUGUUACUUCAUGUCGGGCGCGCGCUGAAGCUGAGUCCUCGUGCAGCGCUCUGCGGGGUGAGGCGGACUCCACCGCCAUACGGGUGCGGAGCGCGGCCAGUAUUAAUGACUGUGUCAGUUGCCGGAUGUUCUUCCCAAGGAAGACUGAAGAUAAAGGAGAAGUAACGGCGGCCACAGCGGCCGGGACCCCCUCCCCCGCAGCGCUGAUCCUGCGGAAAAACCGCUGCGGCACUGGCGUCUGUGGCCCCCGGGUGUUGGUGCGGAAAUCUGGGUAUUUGCGCAGUGAUUGGGGCCCCGGCUGCGAUUCCUCACACACCGCAGGCGACCAAAGCUUUUAUCCGGAAUUCUGUGUCCUGCACCCCCACUGAGGCAGAGUCUGCUGCCCCCUCAUGGUGGAGGGGAUGCCCCACCCACUGGGGGCGUGGUAAUGGAGGAAGAUGCCCCACCCACAGGGGGCAUGGUAAUGGAGGAGGGAAUGUUCCACCCACAGGGGGCAUGGUAAUGGAGAUGUCCCACCCACAGGGGGCGUGGCAAUGGAGGAGGGGGUGUCCCACCCACUGGGGGCGUGGUAAUGGAGGAAGAUGCCCCACCCACAGGGGGUGUGGUAAUGGAGAUGCCCCACCCACAGGGGGGGGGGGUAAUGGAGGAGGGGGGGUCACAGGACGUAAUAAUAUUGGUUGCUGUAAAUCCUCUGCCGUCUUCUCCAGUCACACCCAGAGCUGCAGGCACAACUUGCAGAAAAGACUCUUCUCCCAGAAUGCAGUGGGGCACUGGCAUUGUGGUAUAUCGGCUAAAGGGCAUCAGCAGAAUCGGUGCCGCUUUACAUGUGACUGGAGUAUAAGAUGUAGAAGGUGGCGGCGGUCCUCGGGUGGGCAGAUGAGAUGUGGGGGUGCAGCGGCUCUGGGGUCCGGUCCCCCCAUCAGCGCAGACGCAGUAAUGAGCAUUGAAGGCGGGGGAGGGGAGGUGGCAGCGCAAACAGAGAGGACAGCCAGUUUCAGAAAAAGGGGAGGGGCAAAAAGAGCAGGAAGUACCGCCUCCUACCAUGUCUUAUGUGUUUCUGCUCAGCAUACCCAGUUAUAGGUCAAAAGUGUUCACUGUGUGGCCCCUGGCGCCGUGGCCCUCAGAUUUGUAUUUGUCACCAGUGUAUGUCUCACUUUUUUUUUAUUAAACAAUAAUCACAAACGUA